UCCUUCCUUUUCUUCCCUUUGCCCCUCUCUCCUCUGCAUGCGAGGCGGAGAGAGAGGCAGCGACACCGGCCACUCGAGAGCGAGACACGGGAGGAGCCGCCGCCGACGACGCGCUGCCACGAAUAGAUCCGGUAUCCACCACGACCCCGGUCGGCCGAGGAGAGGACCUCGUGUUCCUCCGGCCAGUGGACGCGUAUCUUUUCUUUUUUCCCCCCUUCUUCCUCCUCCUCCUCCUCCUCCUCCUCUUCUUCUUCCUCUUCUUCUUCUUCUCGCUCUUCGUCGUCUCCUCUGGUUUCUAAAAGUCUUGUCGGCCGCUUUCAUUCCCCCCGUGAAGUGGAUGUUUGUGCUUCCUCCGACCUGAACCCGGGACUAACGGAGAGAGGGGAGAAGGAGAGAAAUGCCAACGGCGGCGACAGCGGGGAGAUUGAGUGUUAGUCUUUGAUCCUGUCAGAGUGGGACGCGUCGCGCAAGGGGGACUGAGGAGGGAGCGGUGCCAACUCGGAACAUGGUGCCUCACAUUCACCCGGCAGUGCCCCUCCUGCCCAGAGGGGCGUUGCUGUUCCUGAUUCUCCUCGGCUGCAUGGUGUUUUCCUCUGUGGCGGACACCUUGCCGAGUUUCGUCAAAUCCCCGGAGGACCAGACGGGUAUCUCGGGCGGAGUCGCAUCGUUUGUGUGCCAGGCCGCUGGGGAGCCCAAACCCAGGAUCACCUGGAUGAAGAAAGGCAAGAAAGUCAGCUCCCAGCGCUUUGAGGUGAUUGAGUUUGAUGACGGUUCGGGCUCCGUGCUGCGGAUCCAGCCACUGCGCACACACCGAGAUGAAGCCAUUUACGAGUGCACAGCCACCAACAGCGCUGGCGAGAUCAACACCAGCGCUAAGCUCACAGUGCUUGAAGAGACCCAGAUCCCUCAUGGCUUCCCCACCAUCGACAUGGGUCCCCAGCUGAAGGUGGUCGAGCGGACCAGGACCGCCACCAUGCUGUGCGCUGCCAGCGGAAACCCGGACCCAGAAAUCUCCUGGUUCAAGGACAUGCUGCCUGUGGACAUCAGCAGCAGCAACGGGCGCAUCAAACAGCUUCGCUCAGGUGGUACACCAAUUAGAGGAGCUCUGCAAAUUGAGAACAGCGAGGAGUCUGACCAGGGGAAAUACGAAUGUGUUGCCAUGAACAGCGCUGGGACUCGUUACUCCGCUCCUGCCAAUCUCUACGUACGAGUGCGACGAGUCCCGCCAAGAUUCUCAAUUCCACCGACCAACCAGGAGGUGAUGCCCGGCGGCAGCAUCAACCUGACGUGCGUGGCGGUGGGCUCGCCGAUGCCCUAUGUCAAGUGGACGAUGGGCGUGGUGGAGCUGACCAAGGAGGAAGAGAUGCCGCUGGGACGCAACGUGCUGGAGGUCACCAACAUCCGCGAGUCGGCCAACUACACCUGCGUGGCCAUCUCAUCCCUGGGCAUGAUCGAAGCCACCGCUCAGGUUACUGUCAAAGCCUUGCCCAAGCCCCCGACCUCCCUCAUUGUGACAGAAACCACGGCCACCAGUGUGACUCUCACCUGGGACUCUGGGAACCCAGAGCCCGUGUCCUACUACAUGAUCCAAUACAGAGCCAAGACCUCGGACAAUGGCUUCCAGGAAGUGGAAGGGGUGGCGACCACCCGUUAUAGCAUUGGCGGACUCAGCCCCUUCUCCGAGUACGAGUUUCGCGUCAUGGCCGUCAACAACAUCGGCCGCGGGCCGCCCAGCGACCCCGUGGAGACGCGCACCGGGGAACAGGCCCCCUCCUCACCUCCUCUGCACGUCCAGGCGCGCAUGCUGAGCGCCAGCACAAUGCUGGUCCAGUGGGAGCCGCCCGAGGAACCCAACGGGCGAAUCAGGGGCUACCGGGUCUACUACAGCUCGGACCUGACGGCUCCGCUCAGCGCCUGGCAGAAACACAACACGGACGACAGCAGCCUGACCACCAUCUCGAGCCUCACUCCCGAUAUCACCUACAGCCUGCGGGUGCUGGGCUUCACCUCCGUAGGCGACGGGCCGCCCUCUGACGUCCUGCAAGUGAAGACCCAGCAGGGAGUCCCUGCCCAACCAUCCAGCUUUGAGGCCGAGGCCGAGUUGGACACCCGCAUCAUGCUGACAUGGCUGUGGCCUGUGCAGGGCCCCAUCACAAAGUAUGAGCUUCAGUACUGGGAGGCUGGCUCAGACAACAAGCUUCAUGUGACCUUCGACCCAGCCGGCUCUUACGCUGUGGACGGUUUGAAGCCCGACACUUUGUACCGUUUCUCGCUGGCAGCCCGUUCUGAGAUGGGUUUAGGCGUUUACACACAGCCCAUCGAGGCCCGCACUGCCCAAUCCACCCCGUCCGCUCCCCCUCAGGAUGUACAACUGGUCAGCCUGAGCUCCACCAGUCUCAAGGUGAGUUGGGUGGCGCCGCCCGCCGCUAGCCGCCACGGCGCCAUUGUGCGCUACACAAUCAGCUACCAGGCCCUGGCUGGGGAGGACACGGAGCGGCACGAGGUGAUUGGCAUCGGCGCCGACGCCACCAGCUAUGUUCUACAGGGCCUAGAGAAGUGGACUGAGUAUCAGGUGUGGGUGAGGGCGCACACUGAUGUGGGCCCGGGCCCUGAAAGUGCCCCAGUGAGGAUGAAAACCAAGGAGGAUGUGCCAGGAGCACCGCCCAGGAAGCUGGAGGUCGAGGUCAUCAACUCCACAGCCAUACGGGUCACCUGGAAGCCGCCCCUGCAGGGCAAGCAGCACGGCCAAAUCCGAGGAUACCAAGUCAUCUUCGCCCGGCUGGAGAACGGCGAACCCCGAGGCCAGCCCAACAUCAUGGACGUCGCGUUGCCGGAGGCGCAGUGGAAUAUUGAGGAGUCCACCGAGCAUGAGGCCAUCAUUGGUGGACUGCAGUCAGAAACCAUGUACUCGGUCACUGUGGCAGCAUACACCACCAAGGGAGACGGAGCUCGUAGCAAAGCAAAAGUCAUCACCACGACUGGAGCAGUGCCAGGCAAGCCCACGAUGAUGAUCAGCACCACCAUGGGAAACACGGCGCUGAUCCAGUGGCAGCCGCCUAAGGACAUGGUGGGAGAGCUGAUGGGCUACCAGCUGCAGUACAAGCGCACCGACGAGGAAAACUAUACCUCACGCGAGCUGAGGAAGAUCGAUGACCACUACACUGUCACGGGCCUGCACAAAGGUGCCACCUACGUCUUUCGCCUCAGCGCGCGCAAUCGCGCGGGCAUUGGCGAGGCCUACGUGAAGGAGAUCAGCACCCCGGAAGACGUGCCCUCGGGCUUCCCGUUCAACCUGCAAGUGACGGGACUGACCCAGGCGAGCACCCAGCUGACCUGGGAGCCCCCGCUGGUGGCAGAGAGGAACGGCAAAAUCACAUACUACAUGGUGGUGUACCGGGACAUCAACAGUCACCAGAACAGCACCAACCGCACGGCCGACACGCACAUGACCAUCCAGGGCCUCAACCCCGACACUACGUACGACAUCCGGGUGCAGGCGUUCACCAGCAAGGGCGGGGGCCCACUCAGCCCCAGCAUUCAGAGCAGGACCAUGUCGAAUGAUUUUCCCACCUUGAACUUUGGUGUCAAAGCUGUGAUGAAAACUUCUGUCCUUCUCACCUGGGAUUUGCCGCCAAACUACAAACCCCAAGUGCCUUUCAAGAUCUUGUACAACCAGCAGAGCGUGGAAGUGGAGGGAAACUCCAAGAGGAAGCUGAUCUCGCAGCUGCAGCCAGACACAGACUACUCUUUUGUGCUGACAAGCAGGGGCAACAUUGCAGGGGGUCUGCAGCAGCAGGUGUCCAUCCGCACGGCCCCCGACCUGAUCAAGACUAAGCCCAGCACGCACCAGGCGGAGGGCGGCAAGAUGACCAUCGACCUGCCCAAAGUCCAGACCACCACACAUGUCAGGUGGUACUACAUUGUGGUGGUGCCAGUGUCCCAGACUCAGCGGCAGUGGAAGAAUCCAGACGAAAUGGACCUGGAUGAGCUGCUCAAGUCAAGCGAAGGCCCUGUCCUGAGACGCCGGCGUCACCUGGACCCCACCAAGCCCUACAUUGCCGCCAAGCUGGCUACGCUGCCGACCACCUUCACCCUGGGCGAUGAGCAGAUGUACAAUGGUUUCUACAACAAGCCUCUGACCAGCCCGCAGGAGUACCUCUGCUUCGUCGUGGCCACAGUCCGAUCCGAAGGGGCAGACAGCACGGCAAAUUAUAUGACAUUUUCAGCCAGUCCCUACUCAGACCCGAUCCAAGUCGCAGCGAGUCUGAGUGAGCAGCCCGAAAUGUUGUGGGUCAUGGGCCCAGUGUUGGCCGUGGUCCUCAUCAUCAUCAUCGUCAUCGCCAUCCUGCUCUUUAAGAACAAACAGGAAAGGAAACGGGCAUCGCCUCUGCCCAAAGACGACCACUCGGGUGGGGUGAAGGACUCCCUGCUGGCCAACUCCUCCGACCCCGUGGAGAUGAGAAGACUCAACUACCAGACCCCAGGUCCCAGCUCUCAUCGUUGUCCCAACACUCCAAGAAUGAGGGAGCACCCGCCCAUUCCUGUCGCUGACCUGUCUGACCACAUAGAGCGACUGAAGGCCAACGACGGCCUCCGCUUUUCCCAGGAGUAUGAGUCCAUUGAUCCGGGCCAGCAGUUUACCUGGGAGAACUCCAACAUGGAAGUCAACAAGCCAAAGAAUCGCUAUGCAAACGUCAUCGCCUAUGACCACUCCAGAGUGGUGCUCACCUCGGUUGACGCGGUUCCGGGCAGUGACUACAUCAACUCCAACUACAUCGACGGCUACAGGAAGCAGAAUGCCUACAUCGCCACGCAGGGGCCGCUGCCAGAGACGCUGAGCGACUUCUGGAGGAUGGUGUGGGAGCAGAGAUCCAACACCAUCGUCAUGAUGACGAGACUGGAGGAGAAGUCACGGGUGAAGUGUGACCAGUACUGGCCAGCACGAGGAACCGAGACCUAUGGGAUGAUCCAGGUCACCAUGCUGGACACCGUGGAGUUGGCCACUUACAGCGUCCGUACCUUCGCCCUCUACAAGAACGGCUCCAGUGAGAAGAGAGAGGUGAGACAGUUCCAGUUCAUGGCUUGGCCAGAUCACGGGGUGCCGGAGUAUCCCACGCCCAUCCUGGCCUUCCUACGGCGGGUCAAGUCCUGCAAUCCUCCGGAUGCAGGGCCGAUGGUGGUCCACUGCAGUGCGGGCGUGGGCAGGACCGGCUGCUUCAUCGUGAUCGACGCCAUGCUGGAGCGCAUGAAGCACGAGAAGUCCGUGGACAUCUAUGGCCACGUGACGUGCAUGCGUGCCCAGAGGAACUACAUGGUCCAGACCGAGGACCAGUACAUCUUCAUCCACGAGGCGCUGCUGGAGGCCGCCACCUGCGGCAACACUGAGGUGCUGGCCCGCAACCUGUACGCACACAUCCAGAAACUCACCCAGCCCCCGCCCGGCGAGACGGUCACUGCCAUGGAGCUGGAGUUCAAGAGACUGGCCAACUCCAAAGCCCACACUUCACGCUUCAUCAGCGCCAACUUACCCUGCAACAAGUUCAAGAACCGCCUGGUCAACAUAAUGCCUUUCGAGUCCACCCGCGUCUGCCUGCAGCCCAUCCGUGGCGUGGAGGGAUCGGACUACAUCAACGCCAGCUGCAUCGACGGCUACAGACAGCAGAAGGCCUACUUGGCCACGCAGGGCCCGCUGGCCGAGACCACCGAGGACUUCUGGAGGAUGCUGUGGGAGCACAACUCCACCAUCGUCGUCAUGCUCACCAAGCUACGAGAGAUGGGCCGGGAGAAGUGUCAUCAGUACUGGCCAGCGGAGCGUUCAGCCAGGUACCAGUACUUUGUGGUGGAUCCAAUGGCUGAGUACAACAUGCCGCAGUACAUCCUCCGGGAGUUUAAAGUCACAGAUGCCAGGGAUGGCCAAUCCAGAACAAUCCGCCAGUUCCAGUUCACCGACUGGCCCGAGCAAGGAGUGCCAAAAACUGGAGAGGGCUUCAUCGACUUCAUCGGACAAGUGCACAAAACCAAGGAACAGUUCGGACAAGAUGGACCAAUCACUGUACACUGCAGUGCCGGGGUGGGCAGGACCGGAGUCUUCAUCACCCUCAGCAUCGUGCUGGAGAGGAUGAGGUACGAGGGCGUGGUCGACCUCUUCCAGACAGUGAAGACGCUUCGCACCCAGCGGCCUGCCAUGGUGCAGACCGAGGACCAGUACCAGUUGUGCUACAGGGCGGCCCUGGAGUACCUGGGGAGCUUUGACCACUAUGCAACGUAACCACUCUCCCUCCGAGCAGCCUCCCUGGUCAAACCUCUCAGGAGUGUGUGCCAAGUGUCCCAUCUCAGCCACCAUCCACUCACUUGACCCCGCCUCCCCUCCCCCCCUCCUCAAACCCGCCCCCCACCCCCUCGCAGCUACCGGAGGGGCAGGAGAAUGGCACGUGCUUGCGGAACCCAGUGCCGGGUUCGACCAAUCACAGAGAUCCACGCCGACUUUUACCCCAACCCCUGUGAAAAAAUUAUUUUUUUUUGCUUUAAAGAUAAUAACGGAAAUAUUACAAUGACUAUGACGAAUAGGACAACUCUUGUACAGAUGCGACAGGGCAGACCGGCACCUCGCCGCUCUGCUCUGUCGAAGCCAAACCUCCCUGAUUGUCAAAGGCUACUGGUAGCACUAAGAGAGCGUUCUCUCUCUCUCUUUGUUUUUGUUUUUUUUCUUAGUUGACUUAUUAUUAUUAUUAUUAUGAUUCAUUAUGUCAUAUGUUAUUGUUUGGUAUACUUUUGUGUUUUGAUGUUUUUUUAAUAAUCAGUGUAACAUCAGACAUGUCUUCUGUCUUAAACUGCCCAGGCGUCGGAGCAUUGCAUUAUUUUCAUAAUCGGUACUCUCUUUUUUUUUUAUCUGUUAUUUUUUUUAUCUUAGGGUACUUUUAGCACGAGGGACAUGUAUUUUUAACACGUUCCUUGGUACUAAUACAGGAGGACCACUGUUCCCUGAGCUGCUGUCAGAUUUGUUUUAUCGUGACAUCACUGUUUUAGUCGUGUUGUGUGUCAUACGCAUUGGUGGGUUGUUUUUUUUGGUCUUAUUCAGUUCAAUACAUGAAAAAGAAAAAAUUGCCUUUUCACUUGCCGUUUUCCGAUAAAUAAAAAGGAGAAAAAAAAAAGAAGAAAAUCAGCUUUGAUAAAAUUGACUUCAGAGCACACACUUGAUAAAGUUGUCCUUCUGUAAACAUGGUAGCUAGCUUAAGAAAAAAACAAAAAAAACACCGCGUGAAUUAGCUGACGAGACUUAAUGAGAGGUGUACAGGAAUGGAAAGCACAUGAUUUCUAUGUUGUUGGGUUUGUUUUUUUUUCCCGUCGUUGUCGUUUGUUUGUCAUCAGAAGCCUAUGGCAUUGAGGCCUUCAUGCUCCACAGCGGAGAAACUUUUACCCGAGGAAAACAGACUUUUAUACCCAAAGGGGUCGUCGACAGAAAGUAAUACUCCCUGAUCUCUGAACAUUAACUGCUCUUCAAGUCCCUCCGCGUCUCCUCGCUGCCCAUGAGCCUGGUCAGACGGCCGGAGUCGAACCCACACGCACACACGCACACGCACGCACACGCACACGCACACGCACACACACACGUGCACGCGCGCACCCUGAGCGGAGAGCGGACGUGGUUCACGUGGGCGCGAGCGGCGGAGCCAUCAACGCUGGCACCUGUACAGAAUCAACCAUUCCUACCAGAGGGGAAAGAGACUCAGCCCUUUGGACUGACACCGGAUAUCAUUUUAUACAGAAAUAGAACUAUAAAUAUAUAUAUAUAAAUAUAUAUAUAUAUAUAUAUUUAUAUAUAUAUAAUUAAUGAUUGAUUAUAUAUAUGUACAAUUACACAAAGAUAUAUACACAAGCUUCAAAAGUAUAUUGUUGAAAGGCUUAACUCUGCUGAUCUACCAACCCUGGAGACGCUGCAGAGAGCCUGCUGUCCUCGAGUGCGUAUUAAUGGAAACACCAUUGUAUCUACUGUAAUACCAUAGUAACUUUGACAGCUGGUCGUCCAUCCGAAUGAGCAGAAACAGCACAACCCCCCCCCGCCACCCACCCACCCCCAGACCACCACCCCGCCCCACCCGUCAAAAAAAACAAAACAAAGGACGACUCCUCUCUCAGCAGAAGGCCGAUCGCACUACUCGAGCACACGUCUGCUGUCACACAAGCUGCAGGAGGGAGCGUCUGAUCCAAGAGGCCUGAACGUCGUGGAGGUGCUGGUGGUGGAGGUGGAGGUGGGGGAGGCAGCGGUGGGUGGGAGGGAGGGACGGACGUGGGGGGGGGGGGCGGGGGACUUGAGAAACGCUGGCGAAAAACAAAAAUGUCCAUUUUUACCUUGUGAAUGCUUAGUGCUGUAGGGGUUCGAUCUGUUGUACACACAGUCUGUUUUCUAUUUGUUGAUAAAGAACUGGAAUUUAAAAAGAAAACUGUUGCUGACAAAGAAAAAACGUUGAUGUUAAUAAAGUUAAAUAAUUCGGUUUUUGUACAAAA